AUGGUGGCUAAUUUACUUCUUCCUUCGAGAGAAUGGAAAAAGCCCCUGAUUGAGUGGACCUUUUGCCCGGUAACAGCUGAGAGAAUACUAGAAGUCGUUCUCCCCAUUACACCAACAUAUGAUAGUUUCUUUUGGAUGGGGGCGAAUGAUGGUGUGUAUAGUGCAAAAUCUGGGUAUUUAUUUUUGCAACAGGUUGAUGGUCAAGGCAUAGCUUCCUCUUCAACGACAGAUUCAAUGGAGGAAGGGCUGUGGAAAAUAUUCUGGGCAGCGCCUUCCCUUCCACGGUGUCAGGAGCUCUCAUGGAGGCUCUAUCAUGGCGUUGUCCCUAUUUGCCAAAAGCUCUGCCAAGGUGCAGUUGAUGUUGAUCCAAGCUGUCCUAUUUGCAGGUUAGAGGAUGAAUCCAUUGAUCACUUGUUCUUGAGGUGUGCUGUCAUGAAGGAUAACUGGUUUGCAUCACGGUUGGGAGUGCGGGUUUAUUCGCAUCAGCGCUUCCCGGUGUUCUUGCGGCUGCUGGUUCGUGACUUUGAUGAUGAGGGUGUAACCGAGGUCCAUAGCUUACUCUAUACGAUGUGGGAGGCGAGGAAUAGGGAGGUUUUUUAUGAGCAUAUAGUGGAUUGGAGGGAGGUGCUGGCUCGCGCGGGAUCUAUGCGAGUUCCACAAACGGAGGAGACGCCCAGGACGGUGGCUGGAGCUGUUACAGGACUGUGGAUCAGACCAACAAGAGGAAUAAUUAAAGUGAAUAUUGAUGCAGAUGUGGGCAGAGACAAAUUAGUUGGCUUUGGGAUGGGGGCAAGCAACAACAAUGGUGAAAUUAUGGCUUCCUCUUCCAUGUACCCGACCUUGGUGUUGUCGCCAUCGAUUGGAGAGGGUCUUUCGCUGCGAUGGGCAAUGGAGUUAGCUACUCAAUUGGGUUUACAGAGAGUUCUAUUUGAGACAGGUUGUCUUCCUUUGUUCCAAGCUUGGAAGAAGGCUUCUGGAGGCUCUUAUUUAUUUACUGUUAUUCAGGAUUGUUUUCGCUUUUGUAACUUUUUUGACUUUGUUGAUCUUUCAUUAGUGCACCGUGAUGGCAAUUAUGCUGCUGACUUUAAGGAGCGUAAUGCCUCUACCUUUACCAAUGAGGUUUGGAUUGAGGAACGUCCGUCGGGUUUAAUUCUGUUGUUGUUGGAUGAUAGUUUGGCUUCUAUGCCUAUUUGA